GCAGAAUUGGGAGAACAUUGAAGCGAAAAUGGCACCUAAAUCGAAGAGAAGGAAAAUCGAUCCACUGCAGUCUCUUUGCCACCGAAAGGACCCAUCACCAGUUACAAUGAAAGCUAAAGAUGCAGUGGCUACAUUGAAAGCAAAAGAUGCAUUAGCUACAGCGAAAUCUAAAGAAGCACCAGCUAUGAUGAAAGCUACAAAGAAAGCUAAUGAUGCACCAGCUACAAAGAAAGCUAAAGAUGCAACACCAGUGAAAACUUCAACAGUAUUUGGGACCCAAGGAAGUAUUGUCGAUGUUAGAAUUCAACAAGCCAGGAACUUUGCAGUAGCUGAAGCACAGAAAGAUGGCUGCACUGGAAAUUAUAAGAUAUUUGAUUCACCAUUUGGGAAUUUUCUUGUGCCAGUUGUUCCAUCACAGGCAGAACUAGCCGAAUAACUUCUUGUCACGAACUGGUUUUGGUAAGUUUGUUUUUGGCAAAAACCUAGCGUACUUAAGAGCUUACCUUCUCUUUGUUCCAGGGGAUUCAGCUAAGGAUAGUACACCAACGCUAGGGCUACUUGUAAGUUGUAUAUGUUUAUUUCUUUUGUUUAUCUACUUGCGGAUUAUAGAAGAUAACUUUUUUCUCUUGCAAAUCCUCCUUCCCUAUCCAAGUUUCGAACUUUCUACCUCGAAGUCUUUUCUUCAAACUGUCAGGUUGUCUUUUACAGUCAGUUUGGUGUGUCAUAUUCAAAUAUUCAGUUCUUAGAUAGCGCUUAUGGUUGUCUUUGUGAAUUAAACCUCCCUAAAGGUUCUGAAA